AUGGCCCCUCCUAAAGUCUUCUCCCUCGAGGGCAAAGUCCUCAAGCUCGACACUGCUGAGGAUAUCAAUGCCCACAUUCAACCGUUGGUGGAGAACACCGAUUACACCGAAAUCCGCCUCGGUGGAAACACUCUGGGAAUUGGAGCUUCCCAACGUCUGGCUGUGGUCCUGAAGAACCAAGAGUGUCUCGAAGCUGCCUACCUCGAUGAUAUUUUCACCGGUCGUCUUCUGUCUGAGAUCCCCACUGCUCUGACUGCUCUCUUGAACGCUAUUCUCGAGCUUGACACCGUCCACACUGUCAACCUCAAUGACAACGCUUUUGGUCUCAACACUUCUGCACCUCUCGUCGAGUUCCUGUCCCGCCAUGUGCCCCUCCGCCACCUCAUUCUGAACAACAACGGACUCGGUCCUGCUGCCGGAACCCAUGUCGCCGAUGCGCUCUUCCAGUUGGCUCAGCGCAAGGAGGAGGCUCGCCGCGAUCAGAAGAAGGUCAAUCUGCUAGAGAGCGUUGUCUGCGGACGCAACCGCCUGGAGAAUGGCAGUAUGGAGGCGUGGGCCCGCGCUUACAAGGCCCACUCUGCUGGCCUCAAGUCCGUCAAGAUGACCCAAAACGGAAUCCGUCAAGAGGGUAUCUCCCACCUGCUGACCCAGGGUCUCUACCACGCUACUGGCCUUGAGGUCUUGGAUCUGCAGGACAACACCUUCACCGUCAUGGGAUCCACCGCUCUGGCCAACAGCUUGCCAGUCUGGCCUUCCCUCCGCGAGCUCGGCGUUGGAGAUUGUCUCCUCUCUGCCCGCGGUGGUGUCAAGGUCGCCCAAGCUUUGGCGGCAAACAAGAACCAAAACAUUCAAACUCUGCGUCUGCAGUACAACGAGAUGAAGGCGGAGGCUGUCAAAAGCUUCACCCACGCCGCCAAGACCGCUCUCCCCAAUCUCCGCCGCGUCGAGCUUAACGGUAACAUUUUCUCCGAGGACGACCCUAACAUUGUGGACCUACGCGAGCUUUUGGAGGCCCGUCAGGAGGAGCACGGUACCGAUGAAGACCCCGAAGACACCUGGGGUGUUGACGAAUUGGACGAGCUCGAGGAUGAAGAUUCCGAGGAAGAGGAAGAGGAGGAUGAGGACGAGGAAGAGGAAGAGGCUAAGGCCGAGAAGGACCUCAAGGAUGCCGACCGGGCUGAGGAAGAGAAGGUCGCCCAGAAGAACGAUAAGGAUGUCGACGCAUUGGCCGAUGUGCUGGGCAAGACCGGCAUCUAG